AUGACCCCCUCCCCCUCCACCCGUCUCCCACCUCCUCCGACCGACGUCGCGCUCGCCGCGGUGGGCGGCUGCUACGCGGCGCACGCGCUGCUGCUGUGGCGAGCGGACCGGCGUGAGGCGGGCGUCCCGAUCAUUCUCGCGGCGCUCGAGGCGCAGACCUGCCCCGCGAGCGUGCUCGUGCCGCAGCGGCUGCUGGCGAGCGGGUCGCUGCUCCCGGCGGCGGUGGCGUCGGCGCUCGCGUGGGCACCGCGGGAGGUGGAGGCCGGCGCCGCGAGGGAGAGCCUCCUCGCGGCGCUCGCGGCGCACGCACUCGCGGCGCUGACCGGGCGGGCGGGCCUCAUCUCGGAGCAGUGGCCGCGGGCGCGCGCCGCGCACGUGCCGGCGCUAGCGCUGUGCGCCGCCCGCCUCCGCCCGCUCCGGCUGUGGCGCCGGCUGAGGGAGGAGCGGGUCGCGCCGCCGUCGCGCCGCCUCGCGGAGCGGAUCGGGCUCGGCGCGGCCGCGGUCGGGCUCGCGCCCGUCGCCCUUCCGGCCGGCCCGCUCGCUCGCGGCUGCUUCGAGUGCGUCGGCGCGUCGGCGGCGCUGCCCGCGCGCGCGCUGCGGGAGGCAUGCGCGCCGACGGCGCUCCUCGGCCUCUGCUGCGCGGCGCUGCAGCUGCCAAGGAGUGGGCGGCGGCGCUGGCUGCGGCCGGUGGGAGCCGCCUCCGCGGCGCUCGGCGCGACGAGGGUGUGGGAGCUCGCGGGCGCCAGGGGCGCAGGCCUGCGCAGGCCGGUCCGCGCGGUGGGAAUCUGUGUCCACGCGCUCUGCGGCGCGGUUGCGAUUCGCUGGCUGUGCGUCGGAGAGCGAGAGCGCGAGGAGGGGGAGGGUGGCGAGGACGAGGGAAUUCAGUACAAAUAG